AGUUGUGGGCACCGCCUCCGCUAUACUCAUUUGUACCGUCAUUUCUCCUCACGUAGACUUGCUUCUCUGCACAUAAGAAAGAAAGCACCCACAAGAAGAACGACCGCACUCACGAGUCCUUUUUGCUCAGCAAAAUCUUCAAGUAGAUAUACUUUCUUCAUCUCCCGCAACUCUGCAUCCACACGAUGACGGGAACCGAUGCAAAGACCCGCAAGCCGCUGAAGCCCGGCUUUCUCACCAAAUGUUUUGGUGACGCGGCGGUGCUGUUCAGCAAGACCACCACCGACCGCCUCACGGACCUCGCCGGCACCUUCUUGGUGAUGUGCAUUACCGUGUACUUCACGGUGGCUGGAUACCUGUUCUACCGCGAACUUGCUCUGAGCAGCUAA